AUGGAGGGUUUUACCGUUUACAGUACAGAAAGUGCAGCACCAGUGCCAUUCUUUCCGGAUGAUAUCAUACAGCAAAUCCUUCUCAAACUACCCACAAAAUCUCUCUUGCGAUUCAAGUGUGUUUGCAAAUCUUGGCGUGACUUAAUCUCAACACACGAAUUUGCCAUAAAACAUCUCACUGAAACAUCUGAAAGGUUUCGCAGAUUUGGAGUCUUCGAAUCAGAAAAAUUAAGGGAAGGUCGUAUUUCUCUAUACAGUCUUGCCGCUCAAACCUCAUCGCGUGCUGAAGAAGCAGAAGAAGAAAAUAUUUGUCUUCCUUUAUGGGGAAAAGAUUGUUAUCUCGCUCCUGCAGCUAAUGAAUACAUUAUCAACAGAUUUAUCUAUACAAGGGUAUUGGGGUCCUGUAAUGGUAUAUUAUUGAUACGAUUGGAAAAUGUUGAGGAAUCCAGUGGACACCCAAGGACAUUCCUGCUAUGGAAUCCAACAAUUAGGGAAUUUAAGAUGAUUCCACCAUGCUAUUUUAAAAGUUCUUUAUGUUCUCUGGUUUCAGGGCUUGGUUACAAUUCAUCUAUUGAUAAUUACAAAGUGGUAGUAGUUUUUUCUGAAAGAAACAGUGAUUUGGCAUGUGGUUAUGUUUAUAAUCUCAAGACAAAUUCGUGGAAAAGACUUAAAAAUUUUUACUUCCCUUACAAGAACUCUAGGCAAGUUAACAAUUUUGGAAAUCUUUUCUUAUCCGAUGAAACCUGCUUAGGCUAUCUACCUGAGGAAACAGGCUAUUUACUUGAGGAAACAGGAACGACAAUAGUGAAUGGAGCUCCACAUUGGGUAACAUUGAGUUCAAGCAGAGGUGGGGUUAAUAAAAUCAUUUACUUUGAUUUAGAAGAGGAGAAGUUCAAGGAGUUUCUAUCUCCUCCACCUUCUGCCGGCACUUUCAAGACUUAUUUGAGUAUUUAUGAAGAUUGCCUUUGUGAAACUCGACUUCGACGGGAAAAAGGUUUUUUUGAAUAUAUGUUUGAGGUUUGGAUUAUGAAGGAGUAUGGAGUGAAAGAAUCAUGGAUUAAAUUGUUGAACUUGCCAUUUGAUUUGAGGUUUUCUUUAAUGAGUGACAUAAGGCCAUUGUUUGUUUCAAAGAAUGGUGAUGAAGUGGUCAUGGUUACAGACUGGAGUGACAUGAUUUCAUUCAACACUAGAACAGGAGAAGUGAAGAAAGUUUCAAUGCGUGUUGAUAGGGGUCAUGUGGUAGGUUCUUAUGAGGAGAGUCUUGUUUCACCAAAUCAAUUCAGUAUGUCAUGCUCAGAAGAUGGUAAAUACUAA